UUAAGGUUACGUUUCUGUCGUUCACUUCGAUCUCGCGCCUCUUGUACGCCGCACUUUGUCUAAUUUUCGUUUUCUCCAUCAGACGUCGCGUACCGUUUGGUGUGAGCACAUUCGUGCGACCGUCGAGUUUUACGUCCGCCUUCUGUGCCCAGUGAACCAAUCUAACAGUGCGUAUACACGACGAUUCACUUGACGAUUAGCAAUCCUAUCGACAUCCGUCAGAAUGUCAGCAGAAAAUGAUAACGCUGAUUCUUCAUCCUCUGGUUCUGAAAUGGAACAAGACACUCCACUUAAACACAAAUCAGGUUUUAAAGGAGAAGGAGAUGAUAUAAUGCCAUCUCUUCCACCAGUAGUCAAGAAACGUGUUAAGGCCUUGAAAAAGUUACUUGUAGCACAGACUGAUGUUGAUACUAAAUUCUACACUGAGCUUCAUAUUCUUGAAUGUAAAUACCAUAAAGAGUAUUUGCAAUAUUAUAAUAAGCGAAGUGAUAUAGUUCAAGGAAACUAUGAGCCUACUGAAGAAGAAUGUGAUUUUCCUUCAGAUGAUGAAGAUGAUGUCAAAGAUCUCUCAACAGACAUGGAAGGAAAAAUAAAACUUGAAGAAUCAAAAGAUAAUGAUGCUGUAGUAGACGGUACUAACGACAAAUUAAAAGGCAUUCCAGACUUUUGGCUUACUAUUUUAAAGAAUACAAGUCUCAUCAGUGAUAUGAUUCAAUCCCACGAUGAACCUAUUCUUAGUCAUUUAACAGAUAUUAAAGUUUAUCUGUUGGAAGAACCUAUGGGUUUUGCUUUGGAAUUCCAUUUUUCUCCUAAUGAAUGGUUUACCAAUACUGUAUUAACUAAGGAAUACGAAAUGAAAUGUGUACCCGAAAAAAACAACCCAUUAGGUUUUGAAGGACCUGAAAUUUUCAAGUGUAAAGGUUGCACUAUUCAAUGGAAUAAAGGAAAGAAUGUGACAGUGAAAGUAGUUAAAAAGAAACAAAAACAUAAGGUAAAGGGUGCUGUUCGCUUUGUUAACAAGACUGUACAAAAUGUAUCAUUCUUCCAUUUCUUCAGUCCUCCUACUGUGCCAGAUGAUCCAGAAACUGAAGUUGAUGAAGAAAUUGAUAAUUUGUUGACAACAGAUUUUGAAAUUGGCCAUUAUAUCCGUGAAAGGAUAAUUCCUAGAGCUGUUCUGUAUUAUACAGGUGAGGCAUUAUUGGAAGAAAAUGAUUAUGAUGAAGAAGAUGACGAGGAAGAGUCUGAAAAUGACGAUGAUGAUGAUGAUGAUGAUGAAGAUGAAGGAACUGGUAACGAUCCUGAAUACAAUCCACGCCAAGAUAAAUUGUUGAAUAAACAAGUCAACCCAGCUGAAUGUAAACAACAGUAAAUUGUUGUAAUAGUGUUAAAACCAACCUCAUGUGUAAUCACUACUCGUUUUACAAAUAAAUAAAAAAAAAUCUUCACUCUUAAUAAGUUCACAUUUUUGAGAUUAAGCCUUUAUUCAUUGCUAUGUAUGUUUAAUAUGAAAUAUUACAUGUAUUUUUUAUACAUUCUCUAACUUUAUAUGCAAAUAAAAUUAUUUUUAUAUUAUCAUAAA